AUGGCUGCAGUACCCAAGGCAACGCUCUACACGUUCGACGGAUCCGUCUGGGCUUCGGCCCCGCGUCUCGCGCUCGUCGAAAAGGGUUACGCCAGCACCGACCUCGACCUCAAGAUCGUCGACCUGCUCAAGGGCGAGAACUUUGACCCGUCGUUCCUGCGCAUCAACUCCAAGGGCACCGUGCCUGCGCUCGUCGUGCCGCUGCUCGAAACGACUUCGGCUGAGGUGGAUACAAAGUUCCGAGCCAUCACCGACACCAAGCUCAUCCUCGAGUUCUUGGACAAGUCGCGAUCGCAGAAUACGCUCGCUGCCAACGCCGACUCGGCAGCUGCACCCGCACCCAUCCUGGCACCCGCGACAAUUGAGGGAAAGGCGCUGAGCGACGAACUCAUCGCCCUGGUCCACGAGCCUAGUGUGGAUCCCAACUUUUUGCUGCUCGGUAUUCGCAGCGAGGCGGAGCUGCAGAAGGCCAAGCAGGGUCUGCCCGGCACGUUUGUGGCGAACCGUCAUGCGGCGCUCGUGGCCCACCAGAAGGCGCUCGAGAACUCGGCAUCCACCACGGCGUUUGAUGGAUCCACCAACCCGAAGUCGAGCGCGGUUCACGAGAACCUCAAAAAGUGGUAUGCGGACAAGAUCUCCUCGCAGGCGCUCCUCACGGGCGCCUACGUCGGCGGCGACAAAGACGCCGUGGCACAGCUGGUGAAACUCACCAACGACGCAUGGCAGAACGUGGCAAAGUGCAUCGAGAAGCUCGAGACCAAGCUUACGGGGCCGUAUGCGCUCGGUGACCAGAUCUCGCUGGCUGAUUUGCACAUCGUCCCCUGGCUCGCCCGUAUCGCGGCGGUGGCACAGGGUGUCAAGCCGGCGAGCGACCCCAUCGCAAGCAUCGAUGCCGUCAUCGCAGAGUACAACGUCAAGGUCGGCCAAAAGAUCACCGCUUUUUGGCAGGCAUUCAGCGAAAGACCCAGCUUCCAAGCCGUCUACGGCUCUGGUCUUCACUGA